AUGACCGAUCUCCUCACAAUAUUGCCAUCGUUCCCUAAUGCCCAGUACAGUCACCUCCUCCCCUCAUUAGAGAAGAAUCUUAUCACCACCACCGACCUUCUCACACUUGACAGUUUAGAAGUUGCAAGACGCGCGCAAUUGCCAUUGCUGGACCUCAAAAGACUGAUCUCGCACGUGCUUCUGAGCUUGCAAUCAGAGCUUGGAGUUCAAAGCGCGCAGCAUGGGGAAGGCUUGGGGAAGAAAUUUGAGGAUGUGCGGCAGAGGGGUGAAAAGGGAUGGGGACGAUUGAGAACGGACGGCACGUCACUUUUGAAGAAGACAUGGGAGACGAUCAGUCUUGGAAACGAGAAGUUGGAUGAUAUAGUUGGUGGGGGGAUACCCACUGGAUAUAUUACAGAAUUUGUGGGUGAGAGCGGAGCAGCAAAGACUCAGAUCCUCCUGUUCCUCCUCCUAGCAGUCCAGCUACCACCCUCGCAGGGUCUCUCUCGCUCAGCGCUCUACAUAUCAACCGAGCACGCCCUGCCCACUCCUCGCCUGACUCAACUUAUCAACUCUCACCCGCUCUUCACUUCACUCCCACCUUCCACUCGGCCCACUCUCUCGAACAUUCUCAGCAUCUCAACCUCAGACCUCGAGACUCAAGACCACAUUCUCCAGUAUCAAGUCCCCGUCGCCCUUGCGCGCCACAACAUCGGACUAGUCGUAAUUGACAGCAUAGCAGCGAACUACCGCGCCGAGAAAACUGUUUCCAGCUCCACUUCAUCGGCAGAGAAGCAGCGUCUCGAGUCUCUCUCUCGGAGGAACACGCAGCUCGUCCGUCUCGGCUCCCUUCUCCGCAAUCUUGCCCGUGAACACAACUGCGCGAUUGUAGUCGCCAAUCAAGUCAGUGACCGGUUCGCGCCAACUCCUCAACCCAUCGCGACCGGCCCUUCAUCUUCCGCAAGAGCAGGAUUAGGAACGCAACGCUCCUCCGGCCCUUAUUCUUCAAGUCCAGCUUUUCCUACACAGCCGCCAAGUGAGCCAUGGGGCCUCCCGUCAGUGGCCACGGUUCCAACAGUACAGAGUCUCAACCACCAAAUGCGCUGGUUUACAGGUUGGGGCGACUCGCCUAGUAAAAGUGCUGAAGUAGGAAAGGGAGACAAGACGCCAGCGCUGGGACUAGCGUGGGCAAAUCAGAUCGCUUGUCGUGUUGCUGUGAUCAAGGAGGCAAAUUUUGUUAGAGGUGGCGGUCCGAAACUAGGGUCCGCAAUGGGGCGAGAGGACGAUGAGGUCGAUUGGGCGCCUAGACGGUGGAGGAGGUAUAUGAAGCUCGUUUUUGCGCCGUGGGCUGAGCCGACCAGGGGAGAGGAGAAGGGGGUCGAGUUUGAGGUUUGUGCGGAGGGUGUUAGGGCUGUUUGA